GCUCUGCACUUUCCCAAACAGUAAUUCCUCAGUUAAAACAGGAAAGAAACUCAGACACUGAAAGUCUGUCCUGCUUUGGUUGUUACUUGGUAUUGAGUUUCAGAGUCCCUCCCACUCUGUCCAAAACCAGAGAUGCAUGUCUACAAGGAUUAGAAAUAUGUGGCCAGGCUCAUUGAAAGGCCACCAUCAAAUCAGAUCACGUGACAUAACAUUUACUAGCUCGUUCUUAUGUACUGUUGUCUUCAGUUUCUUUCAGGUAUAUCUUUGGAAUUCCUCCCCUGAUCCUCGUUCUGUUGCCAGUCGCGUCAUCUGAUUGUGAGAUCGAAGGUAAAAGUGGCGAAGAGUACCAGCAUGUCAUCAUGGUCAGCCUCAAUGACCUGGACAGGAUAAGAGAAAAUGAUAGCAAUUGCCUGAAUAAUGAACCUAACUUUUUUAAAAAGCAUUCAUGUGAUGAUGAUAAGGAAGCUACGUUUUUAAAAACUGCUGCUCGCAAGUUGAAGCAAUUUCUUAAAAUGAAUAUCCAUGAGGAAUUCAAGCUCCACUUAUCAAUAGUUUCACAGGGCACAUUAAAACUGUUGAACUGCACCAGGAAGGAUAAAGAAAAAAAACAACCUUCCUUGGGUGAAGUCCAACCCACUAAGAAUUUGGAAGAGAAAAAAUCUUCAAAGGGACAGAAAAAACAGGAUGAAAUGUGUUUCCUCAUGAUACUACUAGAAAAGAUAAAAACUUGCUGGAAUAAAAUUUUGAGUGGCACUAAAGAACAUUGAAACGUAUGGCGUGACAAAAUAAAGACGUGAACUUUAAUUGCAUCCCUCAAGAGUUGAUCUGCUCGUGCAAUUUUCCGGGGUAGAACACCUCCCAGAAAUUACUGAAUGUACUUGCUAAAAAUGGGUUAGAGCAAUUGAGAAAUACAUGCUGUGGUACUAGAAGGACACAAACAAUGGAACCAAAUGCUGCAAUCAACGGACUAUUUCCUAUGUGUGUGCACAUGCGUCAGCUGGUGUUAAUUUGGGGCUGAUUUUUGUAAGACGAUCCAUGUAAGGUAUUAGCUGCAAUAAUCCUUUUUAGACCUGUUAAAAAUGUUCAGGAGACAUGUAAAAUCUGUGGUGUACCUAAAGGUUACAAGGAUUAAAAAUUAGCUUUGCUUUAUUUCUUUAUGGCCUACUAUGCAUCAGUAUAAUGCAAUGAGUGUGGAUAGUGUCAUCUUCUGGCAGAGUUGACAGUGAGGUAUGGAUAAUGCCCAAGAGAACAAGUCAUGUAUCUUAAAGCAGAAACGUAAAGGUUUCCAAGAUGCUUUAAGAGGUCUGUGACUGUGUAGCACAUUGCCUCCAGUAGAUGGCAUAGAGAAUGUCCUAAAAUGAAAACAAAGAAUAAUUUCACAAAAUAGGAAGUCACCUGUUUUAAGGCUGCUAAGCCAUAGUACCGAGUUUCUUCUGUCAUUUACGUGUAAUAAAACUUGUCUAAAUGAGUUUGCAAUUUGGGAAGUAUAUUUUUAAGAGAAUAAUAUAUGUUGCCUUUUAAUUAAUAGAGUGUGUAUAUUUAAUUUUGACACUAUAUCUGUAUAUAAAAAUAUUUUCAUACAGUAUUACGAACAAAUUACUUGCUUUGGAUAACAUUUCUCCUUUGAUAAUAAAUGACCUAUGUAUUAACACUGUCAGAUUCACUUAAUCUCAACAGAACUUUUUUCCCAGUUUUAUUGGGAAAUAUUUGACAUGUAUCACUGUAUAUGUUUAAGGUAUCCGAUAUGAUGGUUUGUUUUACAUAUAUUGUGAAAUGAUUAACACGAUAAGGUCAGCUAACAUCCAUAUUCUCAUAUAAUAAAAAGAAAAGAAAGAAAAAAA